AUUUAUGGCUUAAAAUUUUCAUAGCAAUCUACCAAAAGACUUUGAAGGAUUCCUUCAUGAAGUCAAAUCUGUAGUUUAAGCAAGACAAUAAACAUUAAAUGAAAGUAUUCAAUAAGAAUAGAAGAAGUGUAUUGAAGGAAAGAAGGAAUAAGACUUUUUGAAGUGUUAAACUAAAUUAGCAAAGAAAUUAGAAAAGAAUGAAGCAUUAUUUUGUAUAUCCAAAUGAUUUAUCAAAGAAUUUAAGAUGAUAUAUUGGAGAGAAACAUCAGUCUAAUGUUUUAAGACAUAAGAAUAAAAAGGUGCAGGAACUGAUCAAUGUAAGGCUGAUUCUAAGAAAUUAUUGGAGACUAUCUUUGAUUCCUUUAAAAUAUGAAUACCUAUAUAUAUAUAAGUAAGUUUAUUAUAAUUUAGACUUAUUGUUUUAUUAUUUUUAUAAAAUACAAAUUAUUUAAACACAGUUAAUAACUACAGAUCCC